GCGCGGCGGCGGCUGUUGCCAGGCAGAGCGGCGCGUCUGGCCCAAUGGGAGCGGAGCGCUGCGGCCGGGCCCGGGCGCAGGCGGUGGCGGCGGCGGCGGGCGCGGAGCGGCGGCGGCCCCGGGGCUCACCAUGCCCUACAAGCUGAAGAAGGAGAAGGAGUCUCCGAAGUCCACAAAAAGCACCACAAAGCCUGGGAGCAGCAGUAGCGGGAAGGAUGGUGGGGCAGAGAAUUCGGAAGAGGCCCAGCAGCCUCAGCAGCAGCCACAGCAGCCGCCGCCACAGCAGCAACAGCAGCAACAGCAGACAACUUCAAAUAAGCGGCCCAGUAACAGUGCUCCCCCCCCAACCCAGCUGAAUAAGAUUAAAUACUCGGGGGGACCCCAGAUUGUGAAGAAGGAGCGCAGGCACAGCUCCUCUCGCUUCAAUCUGAGCAAAAACCGAGAACUACAAAAGCUCCCGGCCCUUAAAGAUGCUCCUCCACAUGAACGAGAAGAGCUUUUCAUCCAAAAGCUGCGGCAGUGCUGCGUGCUUUUUGACUUCAUCUCUGACCCCCUCAGUGACCUGAAGUUCAAGGAGGUGAAGCGAGCAGGUCUCAACGAGAUGGUGGAAUAUAUCACACAUAACCGUGAUGUUGUCACCGAGGCCAUCUAUCCCGAAGCUGUUAUCAUGUUUUCAGUGAACCUCUUCCGGACACUCCCGCCAUCAUCCAAUCCCACAGGCGCGGAAUUUGACCCUGAGGAGGAUGAGCCUACAUUAGAGGCUGCCUGGCCACACCUUCAGCUUGUGUAUGAGUUCUUCCUCCGGUUCCUGGAAUCGCCUGACUUUCAACCAAAUGUAGCCAAGAAAUACAUUGACCAGAAGUUUGUACUAUCUCUGCUGGAUCUGUUUGACAGUGAAGACCCAAGAGAGCGAGACUUCCUAAAGACUAUUCUGCACAGGAUCUACGGGAAGUUCCUGGGUCUGCGAGCAUAUGUGAGGCGGCAGAUUAACAAUAUAUUUUACAGGUUCAUCUAUGAAACAGAGCACCACAAUGGGAUUGCAGAGCUGCUGGAGAUCCUGGGAAGCAUAAUCAAUGGGUUUGCGUUGCCUCUGAAGGAAGAGCAUAAGAUGUUCCUCAUCAGAGUCUUGUUACCCCUGCACAAGGUGAAGUCUCUCAGCGUCUACCACCCGCAGUUGGCAUACUGUGUUGUACAGUUCCUGGAGAAAGACAGCAGCUUGACAGAGCCCGUGAUUGUGGGCUUGCUGAAGUUCUGGCCAAAAACUCACAGUCCCAAGGAGGUGAUGUUUUUAAAUGAGCUGGAGGAGAUCCUGGACGUGAUCGAGCCAUCCGAGUUCGUGAAAGUUAUGGAGCCCUUGUUCAGACAGUUGGCCAAAUGUGUCUCCAGCCCACACUUCCAGGUGGCAGAGCGAGCGCUGUACUAUUGGAACAACGAAUAUAUCAUGAGCCUGAUCAGCGAUAACGCAGCCAAAAUUCUCCCGAUCAUGUUUCCAGCACUCUACAAGAACUCCAAGAGUCACUGGAACAAGACAAUCCAUGGGCUGAUCUACAAUGCACUGAAGCUCUUCAUGGAGAUGAACCAAAAGCUUUUUGAUGACUGCACGCAGCAAUACAAGGCAGAGAAGCAGAAGGGAAGGUUCAGGAUGAAGGAACGAGAAGAAAUGUGGCAGAAAAUAGAGGAGUUGGCCCGGCUGAACCCCCAGUACCCCAUGUAUUAUGCGCCUCCACCGCUGACUCCUAUCUGCUGUAUGGAAACGGAGACCCCAACUGCAGAAGAUAUACAACUACUGAAGAAAACAGUGGAGACAGAGGCUGUGCAGAUGCUGAAAGACAUUAAGAAGGAGAAAGUUUUGCUGCGUCGGAAAUCUGAGCUUCCUCAGGACGUCUACACUAUAAAAGCCCUGGAGGCCCACAAGAGAGCAGAAGAGUUUCUCACCUCAAGCCAGGAGGCUCUCUGAC